AUGGAUCCAGUAAUGAUAAAAUUAAGUUUAAGGCACUUUCUUUGUGUCCUACUUACCUGCACGAGUUUCUCGGACCUCGCAGCUUGCUUCCAGGGACACCCGAAUCCUUUACCGGAUAUUUCAUCAUUGUGUCCACAUAGACAGUUCUGCAAUGGCACAGAAGCAAAGAAUAUUUCGAUAGAAGGUAAGGACUCAUGUUGUCAGAUUUGUUCUUGUGCUCCCGAUUGUCACACGGUCGGAAGCUGUUGCCCGGAUUUUAAACACCAUGUUGUGAGUCCGCCAACAUACCCUUGUAGACGGGUAACAAACAUACUGAAUUCAGUAAGGAAUAUUAGUUUGGUCACAGGAGAUAAACGUAUGUACCGAUUUAUUGAUGAUUGCCCUGAUAAAAAUACAUCAGCACUUUUCCCCGCUUGUGAAUACCCAGUCAAGUUGCAAGACUUUGUCAUCGUGUCGGAUAAAGCCAAUCAAAAAGUGUUUAAAAAUAGACACUGCGCAAUGUGCCAUGAAGUGGCUGAUUUCAACGAAUGGGAACUUACUACAUGGUGUGAGGAGGUUGCAAUUACAAAUUUUCAGACAUUUCAAGACAGAGACAACUACAUUUUGCAAAACUGUAUGCUAAACUCUUUCCCCCCAAACAAACUGAUACAUGAAUUGGCUACUUGUUUUUAUAUAACAGAGACGGUACAAGACUGUCAUGACAGCAAACUAUGGCCUGAAUAUGGCGACUUCCUGAAAACCGCGUGUCACAAAGAAACCCCCUCACAGAACACCGUUUACUUUAUGGAUGACACAUGGAAGCAGCGCGCGUAUAGAAAUGUUUUCUGCUAUCUUUGUAGUCAGUCUGAAAAUGCAGUAUUACCUGACAUUUGUACGUCACGUGAAUAUAAAAGUAUACAUAAACAUACCUUCUUUGUAACAUUAUUGGUUGUUUUGUCGCCUUCAAAGGACAUGUUAUCACAAGAAGUUGACAUUCAUUUUAAGUGUAAAUCCAAUAGAGUCUGGGACCCGUUCGUUAAGCACUGCAGAGCGUUAUUCUGCCCGAUUGGAAAGAUUCCGAUGUAUGGAGAAUGCAUGAGCACAGCACAAUCAAUAUCAGGAUUUCCACUGAACAUACAGUUUGAAGUUAUUUUGAAAGGUCAACAACCGUCAAAGGAGGAGGUCGUUAUGCUUACAGACAGUUGUAUUCCUUUCUUGUUCUCCAGUGAAUUUAAGUGCGGAGUUUGUAAACGUAAAAAUAUUUCGAUAGAAGGUAAGGACUCAUGUUGUCAGAUUUGUUCUUGUGCUCCCGAUUGUCACACAGUCGGAAGCUGUUGCCCGGAUGUUAAACACCUUGUUGUGAGUCCGCCAACAUACCCUUGUAGACGGGUAACAGACAUGCUGAAUUCAGUAAGGAAUAUGAGUUUGGUUACAGGAGAUAAACGUAUGUACCGAUUUAUUGAUGAUUGCCCUGAUAAAAAUACAUCAGCACUUUUCCCAGCUUGUGAAUACCCAGUCAAGUUGCAAGACUUUGUCUUCGUGUCGGAUAAAGCCAAUCAAAAAGUGUUUAAAAAUAGACACUGCGCAAUGUGCCAUGGAGUGGCUGAUUUCAACGAAUGGGAACUUACUACAUGGUGUGAGGAGGUUGCAAUUACAAAUUUUCAGACAUUUCAAGACAGAGACAACUACAUUUUGCAAAACUGUAUGCUAAACUCUUUUCCCCCAAACAAACUGAUACAUGAAUUGGCUACUUGUUUUUAUAUAACGGAGACGAUACAAGAUUGUCAUGGCAGCAAUCUAUGGAAUGAAUAUGGCGACUUCCUGAAAACCGCGUGUCACAAAGAAACCCCCUCACAGAACACCGUUUACUUUAUGGAUGACACAUGGAAGCAGCGCGCGUAUAAAAAUGUUUUCUGCUAUCUUUGUAGUCAGCCUGAAAAUGCAGUAUUACCUGACAUUUGUACGUCACGUGAAUAUAAAAGUAUACAUAAACAUACCUUCUUUGUAACAUUAUUGGUUGUUUUGUCGCCUUCAAAGGACUUGUUAUCACAGGAAGUUGACAUUCAUUUUAAGUGUAAAUCAAAUAGUGUCUGGGACCCGUUUGUUAAGCACUGCAGAGCGUUAUUCUGCCCGAUUGGAAAGAUUCCGAUGUAUGGAGAAUGCAUGAGCACAGCACAAUCAAUAUCAGGAUUUCCACUGAACAUACAGUUUGAAGUUAUUUUGAAAGGUCAACAACCGUCAAAGGAGGAGGUCGUUAUGCUUACAGACAGUUGUAUUCCUUUCUUGUUCUCCAGUGAAUUUAAGUGCGGAGUUUGUAAACGUAAAGUAUAUACAAAUCCUUCCAGUCACAAUUUAUUCUUUCAGAUACCGUUUUUCACAACAAGAACCUGCUCUUUAGACAAUUUACUUACGAGCCUGAAGGCAUUCGUACAGAUAAAAAAGAAAAAAUUUGCUGUAAAGCACAUGGAUGAGGUUCGGCAUCUUAUCAUUGAACAUACAACAGAAAAUAUUCUCAACAAAACUUAUCUGCCUAUUCCCACCAAAGAGUACUAUAAAAGUUGCUCAGCGAAUGUACAAACUGAUUUGUUCAUACUACAGAACUGUCCUCGUAUCUUAAUAACAACACCAAUGUUCCAACAAAUCACCCAGAAUGACACGUCAGUCUCCAAAAACGUACUUACAGAAAUUUUGGCUAUCAAAAACGAUAACAAUACGGUAUUUAUUUGCUUUGAAGAGUAUCUUAGACUAACAGCGUUGGUAAGCUGUUCAGGAGGCUUUCCAUUACCUAUGACGAUCGUCAGUUUCCUGGCCUUACACUUCACUUUUACUUUGUUGUAA